AUGUACAUCAUGGGGGGGAUCUUGACCAUCAUGUCGGACAUCUACACAAAGACCCACCAAGCGGUCAUCGCUCUGUCCGCUUUGGGCCUUCUCCAUGCCGGGCACGGAGUUCCGGAAGACUUGGUGCGGCCUUUUGUCGCAGCCUUCAUGGGUGGUAUCAAGGAAAACUGCCCAGAUGAGUCUAUACAUGAUGGGCUGUGGUGGACGUUGGACCUCAUCGGCAGGAUCUUCAUCCGAACUUUGUCAGAAGGCUCCACGCCAGUGAUCAUCGCCAUCAACAGGAACACAUCCAAGGCUAUGAAGCUGGCUGUGGCAAACUAUCCUCGUGGAGAGCGCGAGGUGAUCUUGCUGACGGUUCAGGUGGGCACCGAAUCGAUGUCUCCUUUGAUUUGGGCAGUGGAGAAAGGCGCGCUGGAGUCUGCGAGGGAGAUCCUCAACGAUUUAUUGACCAUGCGUGCGGACCGCGCCCGGUACUACUACGGAAUGGAGAUGCUGUUCACCCGCCACUCGGACAUCAUCAGCCUGCUUUGCACCAAGGCGCCGUCUCUCCUGCCGACGGUUUUUGAUGGACUCAUCUGGCGGUCCAAGAAUGUGAAGAACGGCAUGCGGCGCGCGAACUACUACAUCGCGUCUUUGCUCAGGGGCGAAGAUGGCCAACUAACAGAUUCCCUCCUGGACUUGAUCAAGCAGGGAGACCCCGAGAUCAUCUGUCAUCCCACGGUAGUCUUUCAGGCCGAUCUUCUCUGGACUCGGCUUUGUUGCUUGCCAUGGGCGGCAGUUCGCCAGAAGCAGAUGACACGCCUCUGCUGCUUGCCGGUGCCGAAGUACGUGCUGCAAACGCGCCAAGAGUUGACCGAAGUUGUACUCAUGCUCCUCCUGAUGUGUUUGUUGUGUUGCGAGCUAGUGCUCCACUGCCUUGCUGUCAGCAGCGAGCUGCUGACAAACUGCUGCGAACACGGGGAAUGGCAAUGCAAUCUGAUCCAAGUUUACAACCGCCUCGCCACCUUUCCCAUGGUCCUCUACUUCGUUCUUACCUCCGAGUUGGUGCACCUGAAUGUCAGUCUCUCCGUCUUCAGCGUGAUCUGCUCCUGCCUCAUGUGGGAGUUCCUCCUGUAUGUAGCAGUCCUGGCAUUCUUCGCUGCGGCUUUUGCAUCGGCAAUUGCUUGCUUGCCUCAAGCUCUGGCUGCUGAUUCGGUUCACGAGCGGGACUUCUCCAGUUGGCCCCUGGCGUUUGAGUCUUUGCUGUCCUCUGCCUUCAACGUCUAUGGCAGUGACAACUACGAGCAAAUCGCGGUCGCGGAUGAGCCGAUGCUAAAAUGGUUUGUCAUGGCAUUCGCCGCAUGCUGGCAUGUGUACCUCAUGAACCUCAUGGUGGCACAGCUUUGCCAGCGCUACAACGACAUCUACCACGACGCUCGGGGCAAUGCUCGCCUCACGCGUGGAAUCAACAUCUAUGAGACAUCCAUGCCCCUGAUUUCCAAGAAACGUUGGACAGCCUUUGUGGAGUCCUUGCACUUGGAAGAGGCUUGCGAGCUCGAUGAGGGUGACAAUGGCCCCCGUGGUGCAGUGCCCACUACCGAGGACCCGUACGACUACUUGCAGUAUCCAAAGGUGGAGCUGGAUCGUGUUCAGCGCUAUGGUGGCCUGGCGAAUCCAGCACUUCCGUGGCCAUCCCUCGAUGAGGCUGUGGACGACAGCGCCGUCGGCAAGUUAACACGCAUGACACAGGCCAAGUUCGAGGAGAUGGACAGGCUCAUGGUGGACAUGGCCAUCAAACUCCAGGUUCGUCCUCCAGGGACCUCGGGUGGAACCAAGGACUACUCCGCGAUGCAUUCCGAGAAGCGCAGCCGGACGGGAGUUUGGCAUGUUUUUGAAGUUCAUCGGUUUAGGGUUUAG